GGGGGCGGAGUCGGAGUGAGGGGGCGGAGUUAGGAGUGCAGUUCAGAGCUAGACCUCCAGCCUGCAUUGUAGUGAACUCGCCCAGCAGGACCGCUCUGUACACUAGUGAAGGGAACUAACAGGCGGAAACACACAUUUAAUGUCUGCAGAGAAGAUGGAGACGACAGCCAAUGGAGCGGGGCCUGUAUAUGAGGGAGGAAAAGAUAACACCCUUAGUCCUGAGGAUCUGUCUGAGGUGCUGGCAGCGGGGACCAAGGAGGUUCACGAAAAGGCCGAGAACACCCAGUUUGUGAAAGACUUCCUCAGGGGACGCAUCCGCAAAGAGCUCUUCAAGCUUGGCGCCGUGGCACUCUACUACACUUAUACAGCCAUGGAGGAGGAGAUUGAGAGGAACAAAGACCACCCCCACUUUGCCCCUUUAUAUUUUCCCACAGAGCUGCACCGCCACGAGGCUCUGGCCCGUGACCUUGAGUACUUUUAUGGCCCUGACUGGCAGAGCCAGGUCAGCUGCUCCCAGGCCACCCAGCGCUAUGUGGACCGUAUUCAUCAAGUAGGCCAGGAGGACCCAGUUCUGCUGGUGGCCCAUGCCUACACCCGCUACAUGGGGGACCUGUCUGGGGGACAGGUGCUGAAGAAGGUGGCACAGAGAGCCAUGAAGCUGCCGGCCACAGGGGAGGGCCUUGAAUUCUACCAGUUUGAUGGCAUCAAUAGUGCCAAAGCAUUCAAGCAGCUGUACCGCAGUCGGAUGAAUGAGCUGGAACUGGACAUGGAAAUAAAGACGAGACUGGUAGAAGAGGCUGUCAAGGCCUUCCAGUUCAACAUGGAGGUGUUCGAGGAGCUGGAAGAGAUCGGUAAAAACAUCCAGGAGGAUGUUUUGGAUGCUGGCAUGUCUGUCCAUGGCGCAGUGGGCGGAGACGUCAGCAAGUGUCCCUACUACACCGCCAAAAUGGCGGCGUCGGGUUGGACGGCGUACGGCUCUCAGCUCGCCAUGGCUGUACUCCGACACCCGACCGGACAAGUUCUGUUUGCUACCUGGUUCGCUGCUCUGGCCGGAUUGGCUGCGUGGUAUCUGAUGUGAUCCGGCCGUCGCUCCGCUGCUGUAAGAGAAAGGGAGGAGGAAGCAGUGCUAUAAAAACACUCCGGUAGACCAUUUCAUAGUUUCAUACAAAGAGCUGAACAGGUCCAAGGUUGUUUAAUAUUACGUGUUUUGCUGACCAGAAAUAAACUUGGGACUAAUUCUUGUAAAUGGAAUUCCCUUAAAAUGAUCUGUAGGACCAUUAGGAUGACAUCUCCAACCGUCCAUCCAUUAGGAUGCACCUUGUUACAUCCAUUUGAACUCCUCUGCACUAUCCCUCCAUCCUUUGUACUUCCAGUGUGGAAGCAUACGAUGUUGAUGCACCCAAUUUUCAAUUAAACUGCCAGGUCGAGAAGCAUGGCGACGUAGACGCUGCCCAUGUACAAUCGACUAAAAUGUGAUGGUUUGUUAAUUCUCAACAUGAAUUCAUGGUGAAACACGAGAGAGAACAGACUGCUGUGUUGAUGAUGAAUGAGGCCUUUUUAUUUAUUUGCAUUAAAAUAUCUUAAUUUGACCAGAGAGAGAAAGUAAUGUAUGAGUCGGUAAUAACACAGUAUUAGUUUUUUUUUUUUUUUUCCUUCUCCGCAUUGAUUGAAGUUCCAACGAUGACAUUAAAACACAGUGCAGUUGUGUUAUUUUUAAAAAAAAAGAAGAAAAAUACAUGAUCACGAUUCCAAACAUUACCUCAAAUAUCUCCAAAGCUAUAAAAAAGGUGACGGAAUCAAAGAGCUACGGUUUUAUUUUUCUCAAAAAUAUAGCACACCUACACUUUGACAAGUGUAUGAUUUAAUAAACAUCUUUCAGUGAAUACAGCAGAUAUUUGAGUAUCUACUGAUGCAUGUUCUAAUGUACUAUUUCAGAAUUAUAUAUGGCAUCUUGUAUUUAUAAAAAACAAACCUGCCUGUUGUUGUAUAUGCAUUGCUUGACUAUACAAGGUGAAUGAUGCCGUUUUACCUGCCAAGGAGCCUAUAUUAGGACACAGGUGUUCACAGAUGGGAUUGCAGCUGCUUUAGAUGCUAAUUAUCUUUUUCUAAUGUUAAUGAUUGUCUAUAUGAAGGCUGAAUGUCUCCGGAGUGUUGCGGUUUAUUAUGGACUACUUAACCUACUUAAGGUUGGGUACUUGUAGGUUGGUCCUUCAGCAGCCCAGUUCUUGCUUAUGUAUCCAUUUGUUAUGGAUAAACCAGCGCGCAUCGUCACUAAAACUGUGUAAUCGUUAUUAAUUUGUUGUUCAUGCUGCAAGUGUGGGAUCAACUUUCACAGUAAAUGCACAACUGAGUGAGGAAGAAUACAGUGUUCUGUGUGUGCUGUUCGUUUAACAAUAUAUUCUCACACAGUUUUACAGUACACUUUAUUAACCUUUGCUUCCUCUUUCCAAGGAGUGAGUAGUUUUUGUUGUUGCUGCUUGGAUUAGUUUCCAGGAGCUUCCUGUGCGUUGUGUAUUUGUGCAACGUGUUCGGAUGCUCAGUAUUCAUUCGUUAGUAAAACUCAUUCAGACGGCGACGCGGUCGCAUGUGUUUUGUGUUUCGAGUCUCAGGUUCAUGUUGAAGUAAGACGGCAAAAACAAUGCAUUGCAUAUGGAAGGAAAUGACAGAGACUGCCCCCUUUUAUUUUAUUUUUGUAUGCCAGUGUGAUGUGUCAAAAUGCUUCAGUAUUUUUUGGACGAUUUCUUGAAUCUCAGGAGUUUUGGGAUGCGUGACCAAUUAAUUUAGAUUUUGAAUUUUUGCUCUUAAUCCCUUUGUGUAUCUAACAAAGCUUUACAUUGUUUGGCGAGAAUACUCAUUGUAUGACUAAUUAAAUAAAUGAUAUUUUCCUGUUCACUGAAAUAAAGGUGAUUCAUUGGGACGGGUGUUUGAAAUCGCAAUAAAAAUCUGAAUAAAUGAUUAUGUUCUUUA